UUUAUUACUGGACCUUUGAUAAAGGAUCUAUCAUUUUUAUUUUACAGUAUUGGGCAGCUCAACCCUGCUUUACAGUCCACCUGAUACCACACAAGCUUUUCGUUUGCUGAGCUGCGUGCUAUAAACCGCAGUCAUGUCUUCAGACGCGGAGAUGGCCAUCUUCGGGCCAGCUGCCCCCUUUCUACGAAAGCCAGAAAAAGAGAGAAUUGAGGCCCAGAACAAGCCCUUUGAUGCAAAGAAUUCAGUCUUUGUGACAGAUCCUAAGAUAUCUUAUGUGAAGGCCAGUGUCACAGCCAGGGAAGCAGGGAAGGUCACAGUCAAGACGGAAAACGGAGAAUCUGUAACAGUCAAGGAAGAUCAAGUCUUUUCUAUGAAUCCUCCCAAAUAUGACAAAAUUGAGGACAUGGCCAUGAUGACCCACCUCCAUGAACCUGCUGUCCUGUAUAACCUCAAAGAGCGUUAUGCAGCCUGGAUGAUCUAUACCUAUUCAGGUCUCUUCUGCGUCACUGUCAAUCCAUACAAGUGGCUGCCAGUGUACAACCCAGAAGUGGUAUCUGCCUACAGAGGCAAAAAGCGUCAAGAGGCCCCUCCCCACAUCUUCUCCAUCUCUGACAAUGCCUAUCAGUUCAUGUUAACUGAUCGUGAGAAUCAGUCAAUCCUGAUUACUGGAGAAUCUGGUGCUGGAAAGACUGUGAACACGAAACGUGUCAUCCAAUACUUUGCAACAAUUGCAGCCACAGGUGACAAGAAAAAGGAUGAGCCGGUCGCACAAGGCAAAAUGCAGGGUACCCUUGAAGAUCAAAUCAUCAGUGCCAACCCCUUGCUGGAGGCUUUCGGAAACGCAAAGACUGUGAGGAAUGACAACUCCUCGCGUUUUGGUAAAUUCAUCAGAAUCCAUUUUGGUGCCACAGGCAAACUGGCUUCUGCUGACAUUGAGACAUAUCUGCUAGAGAAGUCCAGAGUUACUUUCCAGCUGAAAGCUGAAAGAAGCUACCACAUCUUUUAUCAGAUCAUGUCCAACAAGAAGCCAGAACUGAUUGAGAUGUUGCUGAUUACUACCAACCCAUACGACUUUCACUUUGUGAGUCAGGGUGAGAUCACUGUUCCCAGCAUAGAUGAUCAAGAAGAGUUGAUGGCAACUGAUAGUGCCAUUGACAUCUUGGGCUUCAAUUCUGAAGAAAAGACAGCCAUUUACAAGCUAACUGGAGCUGUAAUGCACUAUGGGAACAUGAAGUUCAAGCAGAAGCAACGUGAGGAGCAGGCUGAGCCAGAUGGCACUGAAGUUGCUGACAAGGCUGCAUACCUCAUGAAUCUCAAUUCAGCAGAUCUGCUGAAAGCUCUGUGCUACCCCCGAGUCAAAGUCGGCAAUGAGUUUGUCACCAAAGGCCAAACAGUCCAGCAGGUGUACAACAAUGUUGGUGCUCUGGCUAAGGCUGUCUUUGAGAAGAUGUUCUUGUGGAUGGUCAUUCGUAUCAACCAGCAGCUGGAUACCAAGCAGCCUAGACAGCACUUCAUAGGAGUGUUGGACAUUGCUGGCUUUGAGAUCUUUGAUUUCAACAGCCUGGAGCAGCUCUGCAUCAACUUCACCAAUGAGAAACUGCAACAGUUUUUCAACCAUCACAUGUUUGUGCUGGAGCAAGAGGAGUACAAGAAAGAAGGAAUCGAUUGGGAGUUCAUUGACUUUGGAAUGGACCUGGCUGCCUGCAUUGAACUCAUUGAGAAGCCAAUGGGCAUUUUCUCCAUCCUAGAAGAAGAGUGCAUGUUCCCCAAGGCAACAGACACAUCUUUCAAGAACAAGCUCUAUGAACAGCAUCUUGGCAAAUGCAAGAACUUUGAAAAGCCCAAACCUGGCAAAGGGAAGGCUGAGGCUCACUUUGCCCUGGUCCAUUAUGCCGGCACUGUGGACUACAACAUCAGUGGGUGGCUGGACAAGAACAAGGACCCCCUGAAUGAAAGUGUAAUUCAGCUCUACCAGAAAUCAUCUAUGAAGACACUGGCUUUGCUAUUUGCUGACCGCCCUGCAGAAGAGGGCGCCAAGAAAGGUGGCAAGAAGAAGGGUUCCUCUUUCCAGACUGUAUCUGCUCUCUUUAGGGAGAAUUUAAACAAGCUGAUGAGCAAUUUGAAGAGCACUCACCCUCAUUUUGUGCGCUGUCUCAUCCCCAAUGAAACUAAAACACCUGGUGCCAUGGAGCAUGAACUUGUAUUGCAUCAACUGAGAUGUAAUGGAGUGCUGGAAGGUAUCAGAAUUUGCAGAAAGGGAUUCCCUAGCAGGAUCAUUUACGGUGAUUUUAAACAGAGAUACAGGAUAUUGAAUGCAAGUGCCGUCCCAGAGGGACAGUUCAUGGAUAGCAAGAAAGCUUCUGAGAAGCUUCUCGGUUCUAUCGAUGUUGACCAUACCCAAUAUAAAUUUGGCCACACAAAGGUGUUCUUCAAAGCUGGCCUUUUGGGUACUCUAGAGGAGAUGAGAGAUGAUAAGUUGGCACAGCUGAUUACACGCACCCAAGCUGUUUGCCGUGGUUACCUGAUGAGAGUGGAGUUCAAAAAAAUGAUGGAAAGGAGAGAGUCUAUCUUCACUAUUCAGUACAAUGUCCGCUCAUUCAUGAAUGUGAAGACUUGGGCUUGGAUGAAGUUGUACUUCAAGAUCAAACCUCUGCUGAAGAGUGCUGAGUCAGAGAAGGAGAUGGCCAACAUGAAGGAAGAGUUUGAGAAAACUAAAGAAGAUCUUGCCAAAUCAGAGGCCAAACGGAAGGAGCUGGAAGAAAAAAUGGUGUCUCUGAUGCAAGAGAAGAAUGACUUGCAGCUCCAAGUCCAAUCUGAAUCUGAUGGCUUGGCAGAUGCUGAGGAGAGAUGUGACCAGCUGAUCAAAACCAAAAUUCAGCUGGAAGCUAAAAUUAAGGAGCUGACUGAAAGGGCAGAGGAUGAGGAGGAAAUGAAUGCUGAGCUGACAGCCAAAAAGAGGAAACUGGAAGAUGAAUGCUCAGAGCUGAAGAAAGACAUUGAUGAUCUUGAGUUAACACUGGCCAAGGUGGAAAAGGAGAAGCAUGCCACAGAAAACAAGGUGAAAAACCUCACUGAAGAGAUGGCAGUCUUGGAUGAGAACAUUGCCAAACUGACCAAGGAAAAGAAAGCCCUCCAAGAGGCCCAUCAACAGACCUUGGAUGACCUGCAGGCAGAGGAGGACAAAGUCAAUACUCUGACCAAAGCAAAGACCAAGCUGGAGCAGCAAGUGGACGAUCUUGAAGGGUCCCUGGAGCAAGAAAAGAAACUUCGCAUGGACCUGGAGAGAUCCAAGAGGAAGCUUGAAGGUGAUCUGAAGCUGGCCCAGGAAUCCACAAUGGAUUUGGAGAAUGAUAAGCAGCAGAUGGAUGAAAAGCUUAAGAAGAAAGACUUUGAAAUCAGCCAGCUACAAAGCAAAAUUGAAGAUGAACAGGCCUUGGGCUCCCAGCUUCAGAAGAAGAUAAAGGAGUUACAGGCCCGUAUUGAGGAACUGGAGGAGGAGAUUGAGGCUGAGCGUGCAUCUCGGGCCAAAGCAGAGAAGCAGCGGGCUGAUCUCUCCAGAGAACUUGAAGAGAUUAGUGAGCGUCUGGAGGAAGCUGGUGGGGCAACCGCAGCUCAGAUUGAGAUGAACAAGAAACGUGAGGCAGAAUUCCAGAAAAUGCGCAGGGACCUUGAAGAAGCCACUCUGCAACAUGAAGCCACAUCGGCUGCUCUCCGCAAGAAGCAUGCAGACAGUGCAGCUGAACUUGGGGAACAAAUUGAUAACCUGCAACGUGUGAAACAGAAGCUGGAGAAGGAGAAGAGUGAGCUGAAGAUGGAAAUUGAUGACCUUGCCAGUAAUAUGGAAUCUGUCUCUAAAUCUAAGUCAGCUCUUGAGAAAUUAUCCCGCUCCUUGGAAGAUCAGCUGAGUGAGGUUAAAGCAAAGGAGGAAGAGCACCAGCGCACAAUUAAUGACCUGACUGCUCAAAGAGCACGUCUGCAGACAGAAGCAGGUGAAUUUGCUCGCCAAGUAGAAGAAAAAGAUGCUUUGAUUUCUCAACUUUCAAGAGGCAAGCAAGGUUUUACUCAACAGGUUGAAGAACUGAAGAGGCAACUUGAAGAAGAAACAAAGGCUAAGAAUGCAUUGGCCCAUGCCUUGCAAUCUGCUCGUCAUGACUGUGACUUGCUCAGGGAACAAUUUGAAGAGGAACAGGAAGCAAAGGCUGAGCUGCAACGUGCCAUGUCCAAGGCAAACAGUGAGGUUGCCCAAUGGAGAACCAAAUACGAGACUGAUGCAAUCCAGCGCACUGAAGAACUAGAAGAGGCCAAGAAAAAACUUGCCCAGCGCCUGCAGGAUGCUGAAGAGCACGUAGAAGCUGUGAAUUCCAAAUGUGCUUCCCUUGAGAAGACAAAGCAAAGGCUACAGAAUGAAGUGGAGGACCUGAUGAUUGAUGUGGAAAGGUCCAAUGCAGCCUGUGCAGCUCUAGAUAAGAAGCAGAAGAACUUUGAUAAGAUUCUGGCAGACUGGAAACAGAAAUUUGAAGAAGCCCAGUCUGAACUGGAAGCUUCCCAGAAAGAGUCUCGCUCUCUCAGCACAGAGCUCUUUAAGAUGAAGAAUGCUUAUGAAGAAUCCUUGGAUCACUUGGAAACCUUGAAGCGUGAGAACAAGAAUCUCCAGCAGGAGAUUUCUGAUCUCACGGAACAGAUCGCUGAGGGUGGAAAGGCUAUCCAUGAACUGGAGAAAGUGAAGAAGCAGAUUGAGCAAGAGAAGUCUGAACUGCAGGCUUCUCUAGAGGAAGCUGAGGCCUCACUGGAACAUGAAGAAGGCAAAAUCCUCCGCAUCCAACUAGAGCUCAAUCAGGUGAAGGCUGAUAUUGACAGGAGAAUUGCAGAGAAAGAUGAAGAAAUUGAUCAGCUGAAGAGGAAUCAUCUGAGAGUAGUAGAGUCCAUGCAGAGCACACUAGAUGCUGAAGUCAGGAGCCGGAAUGAUGCCCUGAGAGUAAAGAAGAAGAUGGAGGGAGAUCUGAAUGAAAUGGAAAUCCAGCUGAGCCAUGCCAACCGCCAAGCUGCUGAGGCAUUAAAGAACCUCAGGAACACACAAGGGCAGCUUAAGGAUACACAACUGCACUUGGAUGAUGCUGUUCGGAGCCAGGAAGAUCUGAAGGAGCAAGUGGCCAUGGUUGAGCGCAGAGCUAACCUUAUGCAGGCUGAGAUUGAGGAGCUCCGUGCAGCUCUGGAACAGACAGAGAGGGGCAGGAAAGUGGCUGAACAGGAGCUUCUGGAUGCCAGUGAGCGUGUGCAACUUCUUCACACACAGAAUACCAGCUUGAUCAACACCAAGAAGAAGCUGGAAACAGACAUUGCACAAAUCCAAGGUGAAGUGGAAGAGACUAUUCAAGAAGCCCGCAAUGCAGAAGACAAGGCCAAGAAGGCCAUCACUGAUGCGGCCAUGAUGGCUGAGGAACUCAAGAAGGAACAAGACACCAGUGCCCAUCUGGAGAGGAUGAAGAAGAACUUGGAGCAGACCGUAAAGGACCUGCAACACCGUCUUGAUGAGGCAGAACAGCUGGCAAUGAAGGGUGGCAAGAAGCAGCUCCAGAAACUGGAGCACAGAGUACGUGAGCUGGAAGCUGAAGUUGAGAAUGAGCAGAAGCGUGGUGCUGAUGCUAUCAAGGGUGUGCGCAAAUAUGAGAGACGGGUCAAGGAGCUGACCUACCAGUCUGAGGAAGAUCGGAAGAAUGUUCUGAGGCUUCAGGAUCUGGUGGACAAACUGCAAAUGAAAGUGAAAGCUUAUAAGAGACAAUCUGAAGAAGCUGAGGAACAAUCCAACCUCAACCUCUCCAAAUACCGCAAGAUUCAGCAUGAGCUGGAAGAAGCUGAAGAGAGGGCUGACAUUGCAGAGUCACAGGUCAACAAACUGCGGGUGAAAUCCCGUGAUGCUGGGAAGGCAGUCAAAAGUGAAGAAUAAGCAUGUAUAGAAACUUCAAGGUGACUGAAGAAAUACACAAAAUGUGAAGCUCUUCAUCACUUUGAUGUGUAAUUAUUGUUUGUUCUGUCCUCGGUGUCUAGGAAAUAAAGACUGUAGAAACCUUUGC